GUGUGUGUGCGUGUGUGUGUGAAAAAAGGAAGCGGAGUGUGUAAGCGGCGAACUCGGUGAUUUCCUCGCCUCGAACUACCGCGCCGUUUCUCAAACAUUUCGGAGUUUAUCACGCGGUGAAACGGAAGACGAGGAAGGAGCUCCGCCGUGUGUGUGUGUGUGUAUAUGUGUGUGUGUGCGCGCGCGUGUGUGUAUGUGUGCGCGCGCGUGUAUGCGUGUGUGUUUUUGUUCACCAGAGGCGAGUGUUUGAGGGAAACGAGUUCGCUCUUUUGUUGAGCGCGUGAGCCUGUUUCCCAUCCGCAUGUAGGAUAAAGUGGCUGCGCGAGACCCGCUCAGCUCCGCGCGCUUGGAUUCGGGCCCGGCCCGAGGAGGGAGUAGUGGGGCUUCUUUCUUUCUUUCUUUCUUUCCAUAAGGGAGAAAAAAACAACAACGGGGAUUAUUUACGGUACGAAGUGGUUUGAAGCUGCCCAUCGGAACUUGGAGACCACCAGACUGGCGGGCUCUCCUGAAACCCUGGGGUUGUUGGUGUGGCCGAAUUUUCCCUGGAUUUGAUUGGUAAAUUCAGAAGACUGAAGCCCAGGCUCACAGUCUACCUUUCACGGAGGCCCAGCCGUGAGAGGACAGAGGAAGGCACGUGGCGAAUCAUGACCGCCGACAAAGAGAAGGACAAGGAGCGGGAGCGCGACCGAGAGCGCGACCGGAGAGAGAAGGCGCGCGAGAGCGAGAGCUCGAGGCCACGCCGCAGCUGCACACUGGAGGGCGGCGCCAAGAACUAUGCCGAGAGUGAACACAGCGAGGACGAGGAGAACGAGGCGGCCGGAGGCACCGCCGCUCCCGAGGAAGCCACUAAGAAAAGCAAGAAGAAGCUGCCGAAGAAGAAGUCGCGCUACGAGCGCACAGAGACCGGCGACAUCACCUCCUUCGUCACAGAGGACGACGUUGUCUACAGGCCUGGCGAUUGUGUGUACAUAGAGAGCCGGCGGCCCAACACGCCCUACUUCAUCUGUAGCAUUCAGGACUUUAAGCUGAGUAAACGGGACCAUCUGUUAAUGAGUGUGAAAUGGUACUACCGCCAGUCCGAGGUACCUGACUCUGUCUACCAGCACCUAGUACAGGACCGCAACAAUGAGAACGACUCAGGUCGGGAACUGGUUAUCACUGACCCUGUAGUAAAAAGCAGAGAGCUCUUCAUCUCGGACUAUGUGGACACGUACCAUACUACGGCCCUUAGAGGGAAAUGUAACAUCGCCCACUUCUCUGACAUUUUCGCUGCCAGGGAGUUCAAACCACGAAUCGACUCCUUCUUCUACAUUUUAGGAUACAACCCAGAGACUAGGCGAUUAAACAGCACCCAAGGGGAGAUUCGAGUAGGUCCCAGUCACCAGGCCAAGCUCCCAGAGCUGCAGCCUUUCCCCUCUCCCGGAGGCCAAGUGACUGAAAAUGAGGAGCUGGUCUGGAUGCCGGGGGUCAACGACUGUGACCUGCUCAUGUACCUGCGGGCAGCCAGGAGCAUGGCAGCAUUUGCAGGGAUGUGUGACGGAGGCUCAACGGAGGACGGCUGCCUGGCUGCCUCACGCGAUGACACUACACUCAAUGCAUUAAACACACUUCACGAGAGCAGCUACGAUGCCGGGAAAGCACUGCAGCGUCUGGUGAAGAAGCCCGUCCCCAAACUAAUUGAGAAGUGCUGGUCCGAGGACGAAGUGAAACGGUUCAUAAAAGGACUGAGACAGUACGGCAAAAACUUCUUCAGGAUUCGGAAAGAGCUGCUACCAAACAAGGAAACGGGAGAGUUGAUAACUUUUUACUAUUACUGGAAGAAAACCCCAGAGGCUGCUAGCUCCCGAGCGCACCGCAGACACCGAAGGCAGCCUGUCUUCCGUCGGAUCAAGACCCGCACAGCAACCACGCCUGUCAACACUCCCUCCCGACCACCUUCCAGCGAGUUCUUGGACCUGAGCUCAGCCAGCGAAGAUGACUUUGACAGUGAAGACAGUGAACAGGAGCUGAAAGGCUACGCCUGCCGCCACUGCUUUACCACCACCUCCAAGGACUGGCACCACGGGGGCCGUGAGAAUAUCCUACUGUGCACCGACUGCCGCAUUCAUUUCAAGAAGUACGGUGAGCUGCCCCCAAUCGAGAAGCCUGUGGACCCGCCACCGUUUAUGUUCAAACCCGUCAAAGAGGAGGAGGAUGGGCUCGGCGGGAAGCAUAGCAUGAGGACUCGACGGAACCGCGGGCCGAUGUCGACGCUACGAAGUGGCAGGAAGAAGCAGACAGCCAGCCCUGAUGGCAGAGCAUCACCAACCAACGAGGACCUACGCUCAAGUGGCCGUACCUCACCCAGCGCAGCCAGCACAUCCAGUACUGACAGCAAGAUGGACUCUGUGAAAAAACCCAGCAAGAAGAUAAAGGAGGAGGCACCGUCACCUAUGAAGAGUGCCAAACGCCAGAGAGAGAAGGGAUCUUCAGACACAGAGGAGCCUGAAAGGGCCAGUGCUAAGAAGUCAAAGACUCAGGAGUUGAAUCGGCCUGACUCACCCUCAGAAUGUGAGGGAGAGGGCGAGGUAGAAAGCUCGGAUGGCCGCAGCGUAAACGACGAGGGCAGCGACCCCAAGGACAUUGACCAGGACAACCGUAGCUCAUCUCCCAGCAUUCCAAGCCCGCGUGACAACGAGAGCGACUCGGAUUCGUCAGCGCAACAGCAAGUCCUCCAGGGCCAGCACCCUCCUGUAAUCCAGUGCCAGACGGGCACUUUGCCCCCUGCACCGCAUUCCACCAACGCCACUGCGUCGGCGCCCCCGACGUCAAGUGCAGCGCCACUCCCUUCACAAGUGUCUCCAUCUGUGCCCACCACCCCCAUCCCUCCACAACAGAUUGCUUCAGCAGGCCCGCUUUCUCACAUUCAGUCUGGAGCAGCACUUCAUCCUCCAAGGUUGCCUUCUCCUCACUCGCCCUUGCAGGCCAUCCCUCAACCUCCUGUGCCCUCUCAGAGUGGUCCACAGGCUCUACAGCCUCAGCUGCAUGGCCCCAUGCCUGCAAUGGGCCAUCUGCAGUCAGGGCCUCACAUGCCUCAUCCUCAUGCUUCUUUACCUCCACAGAAUUUCACUCUCGCUCAGUCUCAGGUUCCCCCUUCCCCCAUGUCAGCCCAGGCACAGGCCUCCUCACUAUCCCAGCAGCAGCAGCCACCGCCUCACACUCCUCCAUCGCAGUCCUCAUCUUCACAGAGUGGCACUCAGCCCCCACGAGAGCAGCCCUUGCCUCCUGCGCCCAUGUCCAUGCCUCACAUAAAGCCUCCACCCACCACCCCCAUCCCUCAGAUGCAAAACCCUCAGACACACAAACAUCCACCACACCUGUCAGCUCCACAGUUCCCCCAGAAGCCACCCAACUUGCCCCCACUGCCUGCCCUGAAGCCAUUAAGUUCCCUUUCUACGCACCAUCCGCCCUCUGCCCACCCGCCCCCGUUACAACCCAUGCCUCAGCCUCCAGCCGCCCAGCCUCCUGUGCUCACGCAGUCCCAAAGCCACGCGCCUCCUCCAGCUACACCACUCCCCUCACCCUCGACCGCUCCCUCACACUCUGCACCUUCGCAGCCAUCCUUCCCUCCUCAUCCCUUCAUUCCAGGAGCCUCAGCCGCUCUCCCACCCUCUUCUGUUCCUUCUUCCGUGCCAGGACCCCUGGCUGCACUGCAGCAGCCCCCCUCGUCCAUCUCCAUGCCCCUACCUGCUUCCAUCAGUGCACCCUGCUCAGGUCCCUCCACCAUGCCGGCUGUGCAGAUUAAAGAGGAGCCUCUGGAUGAGGCGGAGGAGCCUGAGAGUCCGCCUCCUCCACAGAGGAGUCCUUCACCAGAGCCCACCAUCGUCAACACACCCAGUCAUGCCAGCCAGUCUGCACGGUUCUAUAAGUACCUCGAUCGAGGCUACAACACGUGUGCAAGAACUGAUUUCUACUUUACUCCCCUGCCAUCAUCCAAGCUUGCUAAGAAACGCGAAGAAGCACUGGAGAAAGCGAAGAGAGAAGCAGAGCAGAGAGCACGGGAGGAGAAGGAAAAAGAGAGGGAACGGGAAAAAGAGAGGGAAAGAGAACGGGAGCGGGAGAAAGAGGCAGAGCGAGCUGCGAAGGCAUCCAGUUCUUCUCACGAAGGCAGACUGGGUGAUCCUCCCAUGGCCGGGCCAGCUCACAUGCGGCCACCCUUCGACGCCACUCCAGCCACCAUCGCUACCGUGCCACCCUAUAUUGGCCCGGACACGCCAGCCCUGCGCACGUUAAGCGAGUACGCACGACCCCAUGUCAUGUCACCCACCAACCGCAACCACCCAUUCUUUAUGCCUCUAAACCCAGCUGAGCCGCUGCUAGCCUACCACAUGCCAGGAUUGUACAACGACCCUGCAAUGCGUGAGCGUGAGCUGAGAGAACGCGAGAUCCGCGAGCGCGAGAUCCGUGAAAGGGAACUAAGGAUGAAACCUGGCUUUGAGGUCAAACCGGGCGACCUGGACAACCUGCACCCCUCAGCCAACCCCAUGGAGCACUUUGCCCGUCAUGGCCCCAUCGGAUUACCCCACAUGGCGGGCCACCCGUUUGCCUCGUUCCACCCGGGACUGAACCCUCUGGAGCGUGAGCGCCUGGCCCUGGCCAACCCCCAACUGCGGCCUGAGAUGUCCUACCCGGAGCGGCUGGCCGCCGAGCGUCUGCAUGCCGAGAGGAUAGCCAACGACCCCAUUGCCCGGCUGCAAAUGUUCAACGUGACCCCGCACCAUCACCAGCACUCGCACAUCCACUCGCACCUCCACCUGCACCAGCAGGACCCACUGCACCAAGGUGGUGGUGAAUGUCUUGUGUGUCCGCCAGGUUCUGGGGCCCAUCCGCUCGUUGACCCCCUGGCGGCUGGACCCCACCUGACCCGCUUCCCGUACCCGCCCGGAGCCAUCCCAAACCCGCUGCUUGGCCAGCCCCCACACGAGCACGAGAUGCUGCGGCACCCUGUAUUCGGUACUUCGUACCCUAGAGAAUUGCCUGGGGGUUUGCCUCCGCCUAUGUCUGCAGCGCACCAGCUACAGGCUAUGCACGCUCAGUCUGCAGAGCUGCAGAGACUGGCCAUGGAGCAGCAGUGGCUUCACGGCCACCACCACAUGCACGGAGGCCCUCUGCCUGGACAGGAGGACUACUACAGCCGGUUAAAGAAGGAGAGUGAUAAGCAGCUGUGAGCAUUUAGAGGGAUGUGAUAUCACAGAGGUCAGCAGGACACAGGAGGUCGCACCAGAACAGUCGGACAGGAACUUGCGUGCCCUUGGGACAUUUUUAAAAACCGAAAAGUGACAAGGAUAAUCUGAUAACUUUUUUUGUUCUGUUGUCAGUUUUCUGUACUCUUAUGGACAUUUGUUUUGGUUUUUUUUUUAUUUUCUCAAGAAGUUUUUUGGUAUAUAGCGUUCAACUAGUGACAACGUCCUCAAGACUGAUUGUGACUUUCCUGCAUGAACAUCCUCUGAGAAGCUUCCCUGACAUUUUUGUAGGUGCUAGAAUACCAGACACUUUGUCACUGUGCUUAUUCAAAAAAAAAAAAAAAAAAAAGGAAAAAAAAAAGGAAAAGAAGUCAGGCCAUUAUAUCUGAAAAGUGCUAUCUUAAAUUCAAUGUUUAUUUUAAUACAUUGUAGGAGGUUUUUAAUUUUAAAAAAAAAGCUGCAGCAUGGCAUUUUUCGAGUCUGUAAAUAGUAUAUAUAAAUAUAUAUAUACAUAUGAUUAUUAUAAUUAUUAUUAUUAGGUGUGGAUUCCUGACCGAUUUGUAGACCUCCAGUAUAAUAGUUCUGAAGCAUCAUCCCUUGUUUCAGAGGGGAAUGAGAUGGCAUUAUUUGAGUAAGUAGCCAUGUCACAUGGUUGCGGUCCAUAAAACAGGGUCGCAGAGAAAUGGUUGCACCAGAUAUUUAUCCACACACGCCUAAGGUGCUCGAGUUGAGCUGCUUUUCAUCCUAUAGACUGUCAGACACAGAUACACGUACAGACCCAUUCAUGAUGUCAUUACCAUCUUCAUUUCCUCCAAGUGUGAUGGCUCCGAGGCUAUGCACGAGGGAUUACAAAAAACAAUUGCACUGAAUAACAUCGGAAAAUGACAUUUUCAAUUCUAAUUGGUUUGAAGUGAACUGACAAUGUGAAUGAGUGCAUUUUAAAAACGUCUUAGUUCUGUGCACCAAAGUGACGAAAUUGGUUUUUAUAAAGCAGAAUUACGUUUUCAUGCAACUUUCUGAAAGUACUUAUUGAUUCAGGUAUUUCUGUCAUCUCACAAUGAUGGGAAUGGCCUGAUUUAUAUAUUUUUUUUCGUCAGUGCUUUUCAUGAAUGCUUUUAGUGAUUUUAAACCAGUUAUUGGGUGCUAAUGGCGGUGCAGUUCCCCCAACUCCACUACUCAAUUCGCUCUGCCUCCAGGUGCAAGGCUCCUCACUCAGUCAACCUCACUGUGAUACUCGAAAGACGUGGUUCUCCAUAAAAGAUGGAUUUAAGAGCUUUGAACAAGAAUGUGCGUAUUUUGUGUGUGCAUGUUUGUAGUAGUGGAGAAGAGCAUAUUACCACUGCAGCUUCUCUCUGCAUUCCUGACACUGCACUUCCCAUGAGCCGUGAUCCAUGGGCCGUGUGAUGGCCGUCGUCCACUGUUACAUGCAGUAUUUCACUCUUUUUAUGUCUCACACACUCAUCAUGGUAAUUUUACAUUCAUUGAUGCUCUCAAAGCCAGAAGGUAUUUUUGUGUUUCAGAAUUGGAAUAAUACUUGAUAAUCAAUGCUGUUGUAGAAGACAUCAGGUUGUUAAACUCCCCCCCCCCCCCCCCCACCCCCAUUGGUUAAGAGGAAAAAAAAACAUCCAAAGCUUGCACAGAAACCCGUUCGUGUCAGCUGAAGCCCAAACUCCAUCAUCAGCCAUUUUUACUUUUUGAGUUGGACUCUACCUGUCAACUACCUGUCUCUGUCUCUUCGAUGUAUACAACAUUCUAAUUUUGUUUUCAGCAUUUCCUCCCUUCUGUCCAGUUUUCUGUGUCUUAAACCUUCGAUGUUGAGUGUUGUCAAUGGUUCAGCUUCUUGUUUCAGAGCGGCAAUAGCAGAAUGUAAAUUCUGACUGCUAAGAUUUAUAUAUACUGGUAUCUUGAAGCUUAUUGUAUAUAUUAGUAGUCGCCAUGGGAUGACACAAUGUAAACAAAAGUAGAAAUAAUUAAAACAAAAAUUGUGAGUCCUGUGUUCUGCCCAUUUGAGUAUUUUGUAAUUUUUUUGAAAAUUUUGUGAAAUUAAAAUAAAACUAAGUUACACCACA